GAGAAGACUACAUCAAAUUAACUUUAAACGAACUGCUGUCGAUUGAAACGGUUUUUUUAUGCAUAUGGAACUGCUUUGAUCAUAUUUCUAAAAUGAAGUGCAUUCUUGCUGACUCCAGAUUGGAAUUUACAGUUCUUUCUCUCUUGCUGACUUUUUCAUUGAUUUAUGGAAACCCACCGAAAUACAGCUUAUUCCAGGGUAGUGCUUACUCUGGGGCUGCACCGAGACUAAGGAAUAAAAAUUGGUGUGCAUAUGUUGUGCAGAAGAACGUGACUUGCACCGUCCUAUCAUCCGCGGAAACUUCUGUUGAGCCGGAGUUCGCGCCGUGCCCGGAGCAGCUCCCUGACUGCUCGAAACAAGUGAUGUAUCGGACAAGGUUCCGCCCCACCUACAAAAUUGGGUAUAAGAUGGUGACUGAGUUGGAGUGGAGAUGCUGCCCAGCGUUCCAGGGCCCUGAAUGCAAGGAGCACAAAGAUGGCCCCCCAAGGCCGACAAUAAGGCUGGGACCCCCCGUACAACUGUCUGCAGGAAGCGGCCUUAAGGGACACCACCUGCAGGACGGAGGGAAAGUCCAUCGGCUGGAGCAGGAGGUCCGGCGGCUCUCCCAGACUGUGCUGGACCUGCAGGCGGCCAUGGCGGGCAUGGGCGAGAACCUGCGUGGGGACCUCCAGGAGGACACCAGCAAGAUGCUUGUGACGCUCCUCAACAACAUGCGGCCGCCUACCGGUGCCCUGACAGGGGCUACUGACAGCAUUCAACUGCAAGAGCAUGGGCUGGGCCAGGACCCCAGGGUCCUGGAGGAGGUGCAGGCUAGACUCACUGAUGUCACCGACACCUUGAAGAGCAAGAGCGACAUCCUGGACGAGCUUCAGAGUGCUGUGUCUGGUCACGAUGGCCAGCUGCGGCUGCUGUUGGAAGCCGCCCGGAGUCCUCAGGCCACGGCUCCUGCCCCGCCACCCCUCGCUGAUUUGAAGGCCUACGCCGACAGCAAGAUUGCUGACCUGAGACAAGAGCUCAUGGAAGGGAUGGAGAUAAAAAUGGCCGACCUGAAAAACACUUGCGAGUACCAGAUCAUAUCGAUGCAGGAGCAGUGUGAGGGUCAUGAGUCCAGCUACCUCAGCCUGUCAGAGCUCCUGGAAACCAAGGAGGCUGACCUCAGGAAGGAGAUAAACGACCUGAAGCUGAACCUUGACGGGGAAGACGGUGCCCUUCGGAAGGAAGUGGGGCGCAUUGCUGAGGCUCACCAGGCCCUCAGUGCCAGACUGGACAUUGAGCUGGAGCACCUAUCGGCACUUCAGACUAGCGACAUUUUAAGCCAGCGCCUAGGGGAUCUGGAGGGUCAGCUUAAUGUGACCGCAAAGAACUAUGAGCACUGUCUCUCUAUGGAGGGUAAGAUGAGUCAGCAGAUUGCAGACAAGGUGCUAGGGCUGAAAAACCAGAUGGAGGACAAGCUCAUUAUCAUGGAGGACCAGUUCUCUGCAAUGCUAGUCGAAAUAAACAACAGCAGUACGCCCGGGAUAGACAGACUGACGGUGGACACUAUACAGAGCGACGUGGACUCCAGCAAGCAGUUCAUUCAGGAUCUGGAGAAAAAGGUGAAUGCUCUAGGUGAAGCGUGUGCCAAAGACUGUGCCGAUAACAGGAAAACGAUUGAGAACAUAAUUCAUGAUCUCAAGAUUUAUAGGAACGAGCUGGACGUGACGCAUUUGGAUGUGGGUGGAAAUUCGGAUAAGAUCAGAGAACUUGAGGAUCUCGUUCAUGGGUGCCAACACAUAGAGGAAGAUAACCUUGGGGAUCUGAAGAACGAGUUCAGUUCGCUGAAGGACAAUGUUGGGGGCUUGGGAGUUACUGUUGCAAGCUUGGCCGAGUCCCUGGGCAUAUACUCGCAGGACCUCCAGUAUGUAAACUUCACCUGCGGCCAGACUAGCGCAAACAGUCAACAGGAGGCUAAAGAGAUACGGGCACUCCUGGACAGUCACCUGAGCGGGGGGGCGGUAGAUGCCGGCCAGGUGGAGGCGCUGAAGAGUGGCCUGGCCCAGCUCAGUGACCAGGUCAGUGCAGAGCUCAGCCAAUGCAAGGAGACCACUGAGGGGGUCAAGAAGGAGGUGUCCAGCGUGGACGGCCGGGUGGCUAAUGUGGAGAAUGUGUGCGGCAAGCUGGAAACCAUGUCUGGCAGUCUGCAAAGAAUCAAAGAGGGCCUGAACAAGCACGUGACCAGCCUGUGGACGUGUAUUAACCAGAUCAAUGCCACCCUGAUGGUCCACUCCACAGACAUCAGCGGGCUCAAGGGCUCAGCCCAUAAAUUCCAUACGCAACUCUCAGACAUUGCCCAGGACUUUCAGGACCUGGUGACAAGCACUUCUACCAAGCUAGCUACUAAAGUCAGAGUGACGAACUCCAAACCACAGAUCGAGACCCACCAGAUCCACAUCCCCAUCAUCAGACCCCCGCCCGUGACCACUCGCACCCGCCAGCCAACCACGCGCCGGGAGACCUCCGGGCCCCUCCCUGCGGACGGCCCCCUGCGGCCGGUGUUGGAGGUGGGCGAGGCGGGGCCCCCGGGCACCGUGCGCAGGACCCACCUCAAGCUGCCCCAGAGCGACGGGGCCACGACGGACUUGACGGGGUACGCCGGCGCCCCAGGGUACCCACCAGAGUCCAGUAAGCCUUUCAUAAUUCCAGUGCCCCAUACACCAAAGAAGUCACAUAAGACCGUUCGAGGAGCUGGAGACCACAAACCAGGGGAUCCCUUCUCCUUUUCGGCUGGCAUGACAGUCCUGCCCUUCUCUGGGGAGACCGGAAUCAUUCGCUUCAACAAGGUGCUGGUCAAUGAUGGAGGACACUAUGAUCCAAAAACAGGGAUCUUCAUUGUGCCGGUGGACGGGCGCUACCUGCUGAGCACCGUGCUAACGGCUCAGAGGGGCGAGCGGGUACAGGCCGUGCUCUCAGUGUCCAACCGCAGUGUGCAGAGACUGGACUCCUGGGGCUACCGGAAAGAGACCGCCGACUCCUCCGGCCCUGCCCAGGAGAGCUGCACCUGUGGGGGCUCUGCCACCUCCAGCCUGGCCCUCAGCCUGAAGCGCGGGGAUCGAGUGGGCCUGGUGCUGACCGCGGGGAAGCUAGCCGUGUCCGAGGGCAGAGAGGUCCUGUCCACCUUCAGCGUGGUCUUCCUCUACCCGCACCCCAGCAGCACAUAGCCCCCCCACCACAAUGAGAGAUGACCAAAGGUGUGCAAGGAAAUAACACUAUGCAAUUUUGUGAUACGGAGCUUUAAUAUAUUUUGUCACAACCUAUAUUUGUAAGAAUUUCCUUUUUUUUUUUUUUUUUGUUAGUUUGUUUGUACAAUGUUUUUGUUUCUUAUAUGAAACUAUGCAAAAUGAUUUUGUAUUUGUACUGUCUUCGAGACAACAGAUUGUAAAAGGCCUCGUUUCGGGUAUCUACUGUAAUAAAAAAAUGCUGUACACUUUUCCAAAAAUGAAUACAUGAAGGCAAAAUGUGUGGUUCUGACUGCUUCCAAAGUACAAGGACAGGUUAUUUUACUUUUUUUUUUUUUUUUUUAUUAAUAAAAAGGGGUCUAGUACACCCAUAACUGUCCUAAUGUAUGAAAUCUAAAUGAUUGUGCCUUUUUUAUAUACAUUUCCUGAAGUGUAACAUUUCUGUCUUGUGCUGUAUUAAUCAAAUUCCAAUUUCUCACAUGCCAGUGUUUUAAGCUUAAAAUAAUGAAUCUUUUUUUUUUUUUGAGUAACCCUCCCGUUACACAGAGAAAUGGAGAAAGUGAGGGCAUUUAGAACAAUCCUCUCAAGGCUCAACACUAACAUUUUUAAACUAAGUUGAAAAAUGUAACAUUACUGCUUAUUUCCCAAUUAGCACACAUCGAUCUUCAGGAGUAAAUGCUCCUAACAUGGGAGCAGUGUAGAGCCCAGUUCAUCCCAGGAGACCGCUUGAUACA